AUGCAGGGUCUACCGCACGGGUCAGAUCACAGUUCAAUACCGCCGGAGUAUUGGAAUAACUUGGACUCGAUGUAUUCGGACCCUCAGCUCCAGCCACUACAGCAACCGCAAGGGCCGUCGACACAACAGCCUCCCAUGGGAAUUGAAUGGGACCACCCUAUGCUUCAGAAUACCCCACAACCACAGCGUCAGCAGGGUCAUUUGAUGAACGAAUCCAACCAUGGGAUAUAUUCCAUCCCCCAAUCUUGGCAGGCGAACCCUUUGCAGGCCCCAGCACGAGGUUAUCCAGUCGCCUCGCAGUAUCAAUCUCAUCAACAGGCCCCGCCGCAGGUUUCUCAGCACACGCCUCAGUACCAACAGGGCCAGAUGACAUUUGACUCGCGUACUCUCAACCCUACCGAGAGCUCGACUUUCCCCUCAUUCCCCUAUCAACAAAACUACUACCCCCAAGAAUCCUUUCCCUCGCGACCGGCCCAACAACAGUCGCAAUCGUCAAUUCCUCAGUUCCCCCUCUCUUCGGGGUAUUCCCAGAAUUUCAAUCCCAUUGAUCUCACCGGCGACUUCCCCGAUCCUCAAGCGGGCGUGCCGCAGCACCACACCAUCGACCCUUCCUUUCUAAACCCCACUCAGACCCCCCGCCAAGCGCAUCAUAUCCAACCCAAUUACCUCUAUGGAGCCCCUCCCGAGUUCCAGCAGACCGGGGAAAGGUUAUUUGAUUAUUAUCAGAAUGAUCUCUCCAUGCAACAACCGCAGUAUGGUACAGACCCCGCUAAUGCAGUGCCAAUCGGUUUUCCUAAGACCAGCGGGUUCCCUCAACCCGAUGUAGUCAUUACAGCGAAGAAGCCGGCUGGCAAGAAGCCGUCGACCAAGAAGGCAGGCCCCAAGACACAGAAAAAGGCCAAGGGGCAGGCGGAAAGUGACAGCUCCGACGACUCAGAUCUGGAGAUUGAAGCUCCUGAUGAACCGUCUCCUCUCCCACCCACUCGUCCCGAUGAUCCCAUCGGCGCAGCGGAAUAUGAUACUAUCCAGGCCGUGUGGUCUCCUCGGAACAAGUGGCCCUCGGCGGAUAAAGUAAAAGGGGCUCUGGUUGCUUUCAAGGAUGUCAUCAAAGUGCUCCGAGAUGCCUGGAAAGAUCAAGUGCAGGCCAUGAAGUUGGCAGAGAACCAAGGGAAUAAUGCCAAGGCAACCCAAUUAAAGGAAUCGGUGGCUUUGCAGCGUCGCAUUAUGGAUAAAAUCGUGGUUACCGCCCUGAACACGGGCCAUUCCACGAUCGUUGAGAAGCUGGGCGAGCAUCCCAUGGCCCUGUCAAUUUUCUACUCGUUUUUGGUAGACCGAUUCCAGGCGGCCGACUUUGAUGGCUCUUUGACGGUCAACAUCCUCAAGCUUCUGUGUCGCUUUGUCACUGUCGAUGAAGAGCUCCUCCAGAAAACAAACGUUGCCAAACUGCUUCCCAGAUUUGUCAAGAGAGGUGGUCCAUCGGUCAAGGAACUUGCACAGAAGAUCCAGGAUAACGCCGUAGCCUCCACGAAGCGGAAACAGUCUACUCCGAAGUCUGCCAAAGAAGACUCGCCAUCCAAGGGUUCCGGUGCCGAUUCUCCUUCAGCAGAACUUGCGGGGGCAAAGCGCCCCCGUGAAGGCGAAAGUAACAUCCAACCCGCCACGAAGAGGAUGGUUGUUGGUUCCAACCCCAAGGAAGCUGGGAAAUCUGCAACAGCAACAAAUGGGUUGACCAAACCGGGUACUCAAAAUGGCAAGCCAGCCAACGCAGCAGCCCCGCGCCCAAGAGCCAAUAUUGUCGCCCCCAAGCCUUCAAGUCUCUUUGGCGCUUUGAGUUCUGCCUCCAAGAGACCAGGGACGACAAAUGCCGAGAGAGCGGCCGCACUGGCGGCUGCGAAGCCUGCGGAGAAGAAUGAAAAACCCGCUGCGCCCCCUCCUAAGCCUGCAUUCUCUUUCGGUGACAUUAUGGCCGAUCUCAGUAAACCAAAGGAGGCAGUCGUGGUGAAGCCUACCGAAGACAAGCCACCUGAGACGGAGGAAGAGCGUCAAAAGAGGCUGCGUAAGGAGGCGCGACGCAAGCUGCGUGUGACCUGGAAGCCUGAGGACUCCCUCACUGAAGUACGACUCUUCACUCACGAUCCUGAUGAAGAGCUCGGACCCGGUGACGGUUCUCUGCGUGGUGCGGGAGACGUCAAGGGAGAGGGAAGCGUUCUUAAACUUCAUAAGGAUCUGGAGGAACUUGGAGAAGAAGACCUUGGUGGGCUUCGGGAGACCAGCCUCAAUGAAUACAGCGCUCCCUCGGAAAUCAUCAUCGAGUCUGAGGAACAGAGGGGUGCCAAUUUCAUCAAACGCGGUGGCGAACAGCAACCCUCCAGCCCGGAGAAGGCGGCUCAAGAGCAUCGCGAGUCAACUACACUCAUGGUGUUCUACACUUCCCCCGCCGAUGUUCCACCUUCGCCUAAGGAGCCUCCUGUUCACGAAGCCGAUGAAGUCGUUCCCGAUGAAGUUCACUUUGGCGAACUACCAGACCAUAUCAAAGCUCGGCAGGAACGAUACUGGUCAUACGUCAACCCUAAACCUGCAGCUCCCGCUGCAGCUCCCGCACAACCCAACCCUGCCGCGGGUGGUAACUUUGACAUUUCCAAUCUGCUCAAGAUGAUCCAGACUGGACAACAGCCACAGUCUACACCUCCUCCUCAACCUCAGCCCGCCCCGAUGUCUGAUCUGGAACGAACAAUCAGCAUGUUCCGCCAGCAACAGACUCAGCCUCCGGUCCAGCAGUCCCCGCAGAUUCCAAUCAGUCAGGCGGCACCCCAAGCGCCGGCCGCUGGUGGUGUCGACUUCACCCAGAUUUUGAAUGUGAUGAAACAGCUCCAGAACCCGGCCGCAGGGUUCCCUCAGCCUCAACAAACGCAACCGAACAUGGCACCCAACCUAGGCGCCAUGUUCUCACAGUUUGCUGGACAAAACCAGCAAUCCGGGCCUCCUCUUGACACCUACGAAGACCCAGAGCGCAAGCGAAUGCGCGAGGGCAACCAGUACGACGAUCAAUGGAGCCGACAGAAGCGCACGAAAGGAGGCGAUGCCAAGCCGUACAAGGUUAAUUUGGUCCCGUGCAGGUUCUGGGCUGAAGGCAAGUGCAGAAAAGGCCACAACUGCACAUUCCGCCACGACGCCUAA